UUGUGCAGUCAUGCUACCGAGAACCGUUUUCUUCUUGGUGGGUGGAAUUUUCGUUCUGACUCUUGCUCAACGGAUCAAGUGCGUUUCAUCUUCGCGUUACUUCAUCCCAAGUUUCAAGGCCAACUGGCACAAGGCGAACGAGUACUGCUUCUUCCUGGGCAUGCGACUGGCCUUCACCGACUCCGUCGAGCGCCACAACGCCGUCGUCGAGGAGGCCAAGCGGUCCGAGGUGUUGGACGUCGCGGUGACCGUGCUGUGGCUGGGCGCCAGUGACCUCGGCCAGGAGGGGCUGUUCUACUGGCACGCGACGGGGGCGCGGGUGCGCUUCAUGAACUGGCGCUCGGACAAUCCGGACGAUUUCGGCGGCGUCGAGGACUGCGUCGCGCUGGUCAACAUCCCCGACAAGGGCUGGCACUGGCACGCCAACGAUGCCGGCUGCGAGGCCGAGCACUACUUUAUCUGCGAGAACGAUGAGCACGGGCAGGAGAUAAAGGAGUUUUAGGGGUGAUUUAG